UUGCAAGUUUUUUUUCAGGCAUCUACAACUGCUGCACCGACCACGACAUCGAAGGAUGCAGUUUCAUUUGACAUCUUCCAUAAUGGACAGCCUGUUGAGGCUGUCGUUGUUGGGACAAAAAUUACGUUGUCUUUUACCCCUCUAUAUGCUAUUCCACCUGAGUAUAUGGCAGUCCAGGAGUGCCAGGUAGAGCCCAUUGAUUCAAAAUACGAAUGGGAACGCGAACCGUUACCUAUUAUUCGUGAAGGCUGCCAAGCUGACCUUGUGGGGUUGGUUUGUCCGCCUAAGCGAUCAGAGUUCGGUGUAAAGGUAAAUGUUGAAUCUUUCCGCUAUCAAAGCACACCUCAUGUACAGUAUUCGUGUCUUGUACGCAUUUGUCCCUUCGCCCCAUGUCCUACGGUCGUUUGUCCGCCUGUCGAAGGUUGCCCAACGGAUAAGCGUAAGGCACGUGGUUUGAGUCUCGAAGAAAUUCGCCGCGCGCUGGAAGCGGAUCCUAAACUGGCAAGUCAGAUAGGAAUCCCACCACACAUGUUGACCAACCGGCCUGGACACAACUUGGAACACCAACUUCUUGCGUUGGGCGGUGAUCACACUGUCAAACGACGUUUGGUUGUGGUAAACUCGGAAGAUCAGCUUCGAUACUACGUUCGGACCGGAGAUGUGAUAUAA